CUAAUUCCAAGCUAGACGAGGAACGUCUCAGAGAGAGAGAGAGAGAGAGAGAGAGAGGAGAUAAAGGAGUGUGGAAUGUGUUGAUUAUGGAACAGACGGUGAGCACGUGCUGAAGAAAAGAUCUCAAGACUCACGAGACAAGGUGUUUUAUUUUCUGUCUUUCUCCUCCUGCAGGACUUCAGGAACAGAUCUUCCUCAUCCUCAUCAUGGCCUUCACUCUGACUCCUGGACUCAAUUCCUCUUUAGUGAUUUCUGACCCGACGUCCUCCUCCCCGUCCACCACGUCCGCCUCCAACAUCCUGACCAGCCUCGGAGGAACCAUUGCAGGAGCUCUGAUCCUGAGCGUGGCCUGUGUCCUCGGCAUUCCUGGCAACCUCUUCGUGAUCUGGAGCGUGGUGGCUCGGACGCAGCGCCCCUCGGUGACGUCCACGCUCAUCCUUAACCUGGCCUGCGCAGACGGCAUGCUCAUGCUGCUCACGCCCUUCUUCAUCAUCUACCUUGUCAAUAGGAGCUGGAUCUUCGGCCAGGACAUGUGCAAGGUCCUGUAUUAUUUCUGCUGCGCCAACAUGUACGCCUCCAUCUUCCUGAUCACACUGAUGAGCCUCCACAGGCUGGUGGCAGUGGUGUGGCCGCAGCGUCUCGCUGUCUUCAGCGCCCGCAAGACCAUCCUGAGGACUCUACUGGCCAUCUGGAUCAUGGCGCUGGCUCUGGCUGGACCGGUUCUGGAGUUUAGAAAAACUGAAACAAAGAUAAACAACAGCAUUGUGUGUGACUGUAUACACCCCAGUAGUGGAUACGCGGCGAUGCAGUACUCCAUGGAGACGGUGCUGGGCUUCUUGCUGCCCUACAGCUUGAUCCUGGUCAGUUACGUCCGAGUUCUCCUCAGGAUUCGCCGCACGCGCUUUCAGAGACGCAUCCGCAGUGAGAAGCUCAUCCUGAGCAUCGUCAUCACCUUCGCAGUCUUCUGGCUGCCGUACCACGUCGUCAACAUGCUGCAGGUGUCUGAAGGUUUGGUCAAGAACCCUAAAAUACACGACAUCCGGACGAUGAUGAGACCCUUCGCCGCUGCAGUGGCCUUCGUCAGCAGCUGCAUCAACCCCAUCCUGUACACGUGUGUAGGGAAGCAUUACAUGCGCCGGGCGGGGCUGGCCUUCAUGGGGCGUCUCUUCGAUGCCACGGGACGGGAUUGGGCGUCUCGGAAAUCUAAUAACCAGCAGCGUGAGGUGGGAGAAAACGAGGCACUGCGUGAGAAGGAGUCCGAGUCCACUACCAGCGCUAACGUCACUAACACCACUGUUAACGUCAAAGCCACGCGCGUGCAAAACGGGGAGCAGUGAGAUUUGGAUUCGCCUUCGGAUGCCAGAUAAAACAUUUUCACAUUCAAACACAUCCUGUGAUGUCAUGAGGAGGUUUAUUCUGAAAUAGCUAGCUAUUUAAUGGACCAAACACGUCCCGUGACGUCAUGAGGAGGUUUAUUCUGAUGCUCCGUUACUUCAGAGAGUCAGGUGACCGCGGAUCUCGUGCAGUGCACGUGUCUGACCAUCAGGUGGCGCCACAAACCUUUUUAUUAUCCAUCACACAUGCGUUAAAGUCAUGACGCACAGGAUAAAUGUUCAUCCUUUACAGAAAGAUCUUCAGAGAAAAACAUUUCAAGUUGCUGGGUUUCACCUUUCUGUGAUUUAAGAAACAAUGAAAGAGAGACUGAUUUCAGAUCAGUGGAAGAUGUGGAACCGAGAAAGGUCACUAAUAGUGUAAAAAAAGAAACAACAAAACAUACAUUUGGGAGCAAAAGUUUGUGCCCCCUGGGGGCAAAAUGAUGAAGUGAAGACAAACAUUGUUUAUUAAACAAGUGAGUAAAUGUCAUUAGUGUAAAUUGUGUUUGUGCCUUCUUUCAGAAUGAGAAACAAUUAUUCUCCAAAAAAAAUAUGAAUGUAACAUAUAUACUGACCACUUUAUUAGGAACACCUGGGCUGAAACCAUCGUCUGGCGUUUUUUUUCUCUGUCUUUCACGUGAAUUGCAUAAAUAUGCAAGGUGUACAGGUGUUCCUAUUAAAGUGGCCACUGUUCACGAGUUUGACAUGUAGGUAUUCCAUAUAUAUAUAUAUAUAUAUAUAUAUAUAUAUAUAUAUAUAUAUAUAUAUUCAGUAUAAUAUAUUCUCAGUGUUGCUGUUUUAGCCAUAUAAUCGGGAUUGUUGUCUUGUGGCAGGACACGCCCACUUUUAAUUCUUGAAUUUAUUAUUAUUUUUAAAAAAUUUUAAAAAUAUAGCUAGGAUUUUUUUUUGCACUCAAACAUUUUGCACUCAUUUCAAACUGAUAAUAGAGUUUUUAUUACAUUUUAUAAACAUCAAUUUAUAUUAAUAAUUACAAAUGAUUUAAUAAUCUUAAGAAUAGUUUUAUUGUUUAUUCUUUUUCUGUAUUUUCCCCCCGUUCUCUUCAUUAUGUAUAUGCUAAUGAGGGGGCGUGGUCAAAUGUCAAUUAAAUGCUAUAUAAAAGGAAUUAAGCCAUUUUUUAUUAAGGCUUUGAGGAAUGAAAAGAAAUACAAAAGGAAUUUAAAAGAUUAUAUUAUAAUAUUAUUGUGGACUGGUCAGAUCCUCAGCCUGUUAGUGACCGGGUCAGCUUUUAGGAUUCAGUUAAUAAACAUUGGGGGAAAAAUCCUUCUCACUGACGCACGGACUCUUCAGCGGUCCGACGGGAGGACAGAGUUUCUGCAAUGUGUUAUAAAUGAUGUUUGCAAUGAGGUUAUGAAUGAUGCAGGACACACCCACUUCUUAUACAGAGAUAUUUAGAAUUUGUAAAAUACAGAUGUUUAUUCUGAUGUCAGGAAUAAGAUUUUGUGUGACAUUAUGAAUGACGUUAUAAAUGAUGUUAAAUGACUUUAUACAUGAUGUCAUAAAUGUUGUUAAGCAUGACGUUAUAAAUGAUGUCAGAAAGUAUGUCAUACGUGAUAAUAUAAAUGACGUCAUGAAUAAUGUCAUGAAUGAUGUUAUAAAUGAUAUCAUCAAUGACUUUAUAAAUGUCAUAAAUGGCAUUAUAAAUGACAUAAAUUAGGUUAUAAAUGAUGUCAUGAAUUAUGUUAUGAAUGACGUGAUAAUGAUGUCGUAAAUGAUGUUAUAAAUGAUGUCAUAAUGAUGUUAUAAAUGAUGUCAUGAUGUUAUAAAUGACGUUAUGAAUGAUGUUAUAAUGAUGUCAUAAAUUAUGUCAUAAUGAUGUUAUAAAUGAUGUCAUGAAUAACUUAUAAUUGACUUUAUAAAUGUUAUAAAUGACAUAAAUGAGGUUAUAAAUGACGUUAUGAAUUGUCAUAAUGAUGUUAUAAAUGACAUUAUAAAUGAUGUCAUAAUGACGUCAUGAAUGAUGUUAUGAAUGAUGUCAUGAUGUUAUGAAUGAUAUCAUGAUGUUAUGAAUGAUGGAUAAGUGGGAGACAAUGACAUGACAUGAUGUUAUAAAUGAUGUCAGGAAUGAUUUUUUAAAAUGUCAUAAAUGACGUAAAUGAUGUUAUGAAUGAUGUUAUAACUGAUGUUAUAACUGAUGUGUGAAAUUAUUAUGGAGUAAAGUUCAGGAUUCAGAUCCACUCUGUCAGUCCAGAGGUCAGUUCC